UGCUGAGAAGGCCAGACGGUUGCGAUCCACAUCACCUUCCUUUCGACUGCGGCCUUCUUCCAGGACGGCGCAAAGAGAGAAAGCGGAGGCAGAGGAGGAGGAGGAGGAGGAAGAUGGAGAGGAGGAGGUGUGCUCGAAGUUUCGUCCGGGAGUCGGUGAUGGGGACGGCGGAGACAUCGUGGCUGCCUUGUCGUCGCCACGCCAAUCUCCCAAGUCACUGCCUGCUCCGAAGUCGCCGGAUAGGCGCCACCUCAGCAGGCCUAGCUCGACCACCAGCGGCGGUGCCUCCGCCGGCUCCCGACGCCGGCCCCACCGUGCGAUGCCACUGACAGAGCCGUUGCGCGGAACAGCAUCGCGCUGCCGUACAUUCCAC